GUGACGGGAAAGGGGGAGUUCGCGGCCGGUGGCGGCGGCGGCGACAGCGGCGACCUGGGGAUCGAUCUGGAGGGACUUGGGGAGCGUGCAGAGACCUCUAGCUCGAGCGCGAGGGACCUCCCGCCGGGAUGCCUGGGGAGCAGAUGGACCCUACUGGAAGUCAGUUGGAUUCAGAUUUCUCUCAGCAAGAUACUCCUUGCCUGAUAAUUGAAGAUUCUCAGCCUGAAAGCCAGGUUCUAGAAGAUGAUUCUGGUUCUCACUUCAGUAUGCUAUCUCGACACCUUCCUAAUCUUCAGACGCACAAAGAAAAUCCUGUAUUGGAUGUUGUGUCCAAUCCUGAACAAACAGCUGGAGAAGAACGGGGAGACAGUAAUAGUGGGUUCAAUGAACAUUUGAAAGAAAACAAGGUUGCAGACCCUGUGGAUUCUUCUAACUUGGACACAUGUGGUUCCAUCAGUCAGGUCAUUGAGCAGUUACCUCAGCCAAACAGGACAAGCAGUGUUCUGGGAAUGUCAGUGGAAUCUGCUCCUGCUUUGGAGGAAGAGAAGGGAGAAGAGUUGGAACAGAAGGAGACAGAGAAGGAAGAAGAUACUUCGGGCAAUACUACACAUUCCCUUGGUGCUGAAGAUACUGCCUCAUCACAGUUGGGCUUUGGGGUUCUGGAACUCUCCCAGAGCCAGGAUGUUGAGGAAAAUACUGUGCCAUGUGAAGUGGACAGAGAGCGUCUACAGUCAGUAACCACCAACUCUGGUUAUACCAGGCUAUCUGAUGUGGAUGCUAAUGCUGCGAUUAAGCACGAAGAACAGUCCAAUGAAGAUAUCCCCAUAGCAGAACGGUCCAGCAAGGACAUCCCUGUGACAGCACAGCCCAGUAAGGAUGUACAUGUUAUAAAAGAGCAAAAUCCACCACCUGCAAGGUCAGAGGACAUGCCUUUUAGCCCCAAAGUGUGUCUUGCUGCUAUGGAAGCAAAAGAACAGUUGUCUGCACAGGAACUUACGGAAUGUGGACUGCAGAUUCAGAAGUCACCAGAGCCUGAGGUUUUGUCAACGCAGGAAGACUUGUUUGACCAGAGCAAUAAAACAGUAUCUUCUGAUGGUUGCUCUACUCCUUCAAGGGAGGAAGGUGGGUGUUCUUUGGCUUCCACACCUGCCACCACUCUGCAUCUCCUGCAGCUGUCUGGUCAGAGGUCCCUUGUUCAGGAGAGUCUUUCCACGAAUUCCUCAGAUCUUGUUGCUCCUUCUCCUGAUGCUUUCCGAUCUACUCCUUUUAUCGUUCCUAGCAGUCCCACAGAGCAAGAAGGGAGACAAGAUAAGCCAAUGGACAUGUCAGUGUUAUCUGAAGAAGGAGGAGAGCCUUUUCAGAAGAAACUUCAAAGUGAUGAACCAGUAGAAUUAGAAAACCGCCCUCUCCCACCUGAGCCCACUGUAUCACCACAAGCCUCAACACCAAUAUCUCAGAGCACACCAGUCUUCACUCCUGGGUCACUUCCUAUCCCAUCCCAGCCUCAGUUUUCUCAUGACAUUUUUAUUCCCUCCCCAAGUCUGGAAGAACAAUCAAAUGAUGGGAAGAAAGAUGGAGAUUUGCAUAGUUCAUCUUUGACAGUUGAAUGUUCUAAAACUUCAGAGAUUGAACCAAAGAAUUCCCCUGAGGAUCUUGGGCUAUCGUUGACAGGGGAUUCUUGCAAGUUGAUGCUUUCUACAAGUGAAUAUAGUCAGUCCCCAAAAAUGGAGAGCUUGAGUUCUCACAGGAUUGAUGAAGAUGGAGAAAACACACAGAUUGAGGAUACGGAACCCAUGUCUCCAGUUCUCAAUUCUAAAUUUAUUCCUGCUGAAAAUGAUAGUAUCUUGAUGAAUCCAGCACAGGAUGGUGAAGUACAACUGAGUCAGAAUGAUGACAAAACAAAGGGAGAUGACACAGACACCAGGGACGACAUUAGUAUUUUAGCCAGUGGUUGCAAGGGCAGAGAAGAAACGGUAGCGGAAGAUGUUUGUAUUGAUCUCACUUGUGAUUCGGGGAGUCAGGCAGUUCCUUCACCAGCUACUCGAUCUGAGGCACUCUCCAGUGUGUUAGAUCAGGAGGAAGCUAUGGAAAUUAAAGAACACCAUCCAGAGGAGGGGUCUUCAGGGUCUGAGGUGGAAGAAAUCCCUGAGACACCUUGUGAAAGUCAAGGAGAGGAACUUAAAGAAGAAAAUAUGGAGAGUGUCCCAUUGCACCUUUCUCUGACUGAAACUCAGUCCCAAGGGCUGUGUCUUCAAAAGGAAAUCCCCAAAAAAGAAUGCUCAGAAGCUAUGGAAGUUGAAACCAGUGUGAUUAGUAUUGAUUCCCCUCAAAAGUUGGCGAUACUUGACCAAGAAUUGGAACAUAAGGAUCAGGAAGCUUGGGAAGAAGCUACUUCAGAGGACUCCAGUGUUGUCAUUGUAGAUGUGAAAGAGCCAUCUCCCAGAGUUGAUGUUUCUUGUGAACCUUUGGAGGGAGUGGAGAAGUGCUCAGAUUCCCAGUCAUGGGAGGAUGUUGCUCCAGAAGUAGAACCAUGUGCUGAGAAUAGAUUAGAUACUAAGGAAGAAAAGAGUGUAGAAUAUGAAGGAGUUCUGAAAUCAGGGACUGCAGAAACAGAACCUGUAGAGGAAGACUCUUCACAGCCUCCCUUACCUUUAGUUAGAGCAGAUGAUCCUCUGAGACUUGACCAGGAGUUGCAGCAGCCCCAGACUCGGGAGAAAACAAAUAAUUCAUUAACAGAAGAUUCAAAAAUGGCUAAUGCAAAGCAGCUAAACGCAGGUGCAGAGGCCCAGAAGCUGGGGAAGCCCUCUGCCCAUGCCUCACAAAGCUUCUGUGAAAGUUCUAGUGAAACACCAUUUCAUUUCACUUUGCCUAAAGAAGGUGAUAUCAUCCCACCAUUGACUGGUGCAACCCCACCUCUUAUUGGGCACCUAAAAUUGGAGCCCAAGAGACACAGUACUCCUAUUGGUAUUAGCAACUAUCCAGAAAGCACCAUAGCAGCCAGUGAUGUCAUGUCUGAAAGCAUGGUGGAGACCCAUGAUCCCAUACUUGGGAGUGAAAAAGGGGAUUCUGGGGCUGCCCCAGACAUGGAUGAUAAAUUAUGUCUAAGAAUGAAACUGGUUAGUCCUGAGACUGAGGCGAGUGAAGAGUCUUUGCAGUUCAACCUGGAAAAGCCUGCAACUGGUGAAAGAAAAAAUGGAUCUACUGCUGUUGCUGAGUCUGUUGCCAGUCCCCAGAAGACCAUGUCUGUGUUUAGCUGUAUCUGUGAAGCCAGGCAAGAGAAUGAGGCUGGAAGUGAGGAUCCCCCCACUGCACCCAUCAGGGGGAACUUGCUCCACUUUCCAAGUUCUCAAGGAGAAGAGGAGAAAGAAAAAUUGGAGGGUGACCAUACAAUCAGGCAAAGUCAACAGCCUAUGAAGCCCAUUAGUCCUGUCAAGGACCCUGUUUCUCCUGCUUCCCAGAAGAUGGUCAUACAAGGGCCAUCCAGUCCUCAAGGAGAGGCAAUGGUGACAGAUGUGCUAGAAGACCAGAAAGAAGGACGGAAUACUAAUCAGGAAAAUCCUAGUAAGGCCUUGAUUGAAAGGCCCAGCCAAAAUAACAUAGGAAUCCAAACCAUGGAGUGUUCCCUGAGGGUCCCAGAAACUGUUUCAGCAGCAACCCAGACUAUAAAGAAUGUGUGUGAGCAGGGGACCAGUACAGUGGACCAGAACUGUGGAAAGCAAGAUGCCACAGUUCAGACUGAGAGGGGGAGUGGUGAGAAACCAGUCAGUGCUUCUGGGGAUGAUACAGAGUCACUCCAUAGCCAGGGAGAAGAAGAGUUUGAUAUGCCUCAGCCUCCACAUGGCCAUGUCUUACAUCGUCACAUGAGAACAAUCCGGGAAGUACGCACACUUGUCACUCGUGUCAUUACAGAUGUGUAUUAUGUGGAUGGAACAGAAGUAGAAAGAAAAGUAACUGAGGAGACUGAAGAGCCAAUUGUAGAGUGUCAGGAGUGUGAAACUGAAGUUUCCCCUUCACAGACUGGGGGCUCCUCAGGUGACCUGGGGGACAUCAGCUCCUUCUCCUCCAAGGCAUCCAGCUUACACCGCACAUCAAGUGGGACAAGUCUCUCAGCUAUGCACAGCAGUGGCAGCUCAGGGAAAGGAGCCGGACCACUCAAAGGGAAAACCAGCGGGACAGAACCCGCAGAUUUUGCCUUACCCAGCUCACGAGGAGGCCCAGGAAAACUGAGUCCUAGAAAAGGGGUCAGUCAGACAGGGACGCCAGUGUGUGAGGAGGAUGGUGAUGCAGGCCUUGGCAUCAGACAGGGAGGGAAGGCUCCAGUCACUCCUCGUGGGCGCGGGCGAAGGGGCCGCCCACCUUCUCGGACCACUGGAACCAGAGAAACAGCUGUGACUGGCCCCUUGGGCAUAGAGGACAUUUCACCUAACUUGUCACCAGAUGAUAAAUCCUUCAGCCGUGUUGUGCCCCGAGUGCCAGACUCCACCAGACGAACAGAUGUGGGUGCUGGUGCUUUGCGUCGUAGCGACUCUCCAGAAAUUCCUUUCCAGGCUGCUGCUGGCCCUUCUGAUGGCUUAGAUGCCUCCUCUCCAGGGAACAGCUUUGUAGGGCUCCGUGUUGUAGCCAAGUGGUCAUCCAAUGGCUACUUUUACUCUGGGAAAAUCACGCGAGAUGUCGGAGCUGGGAAGUACAAAUUGCUCUUUGAUGAUGGGUACGAAUGUGAUGUGUUGGGCAAAGACAUUCUAUUGUGUGACCCCAUCCCGCUGGACACUGAAGUGACGGCCCUCUCGGAGGAUGAGUAUUUCAGUGCAGGAGUGGUGAAAGGACAUAGGAAGGAGUCUGGGGAACUGUACUACAGCAUUGAAAAAGAAGGCCAAAGAAAGUGGUAUAAGCGAAUGGCUGUCAUCCUGUCCUUGGAGCAAGGAAACAGACUGAGAGAGCAGUAUGGGCUUGGUCCCUAUGAGGCAGUAACACCUCUCACAAAGGCAGCAGAUAUCAGCUUAGACAAUUUGGUGGAAGGGAAGCGGAAACGGCGCAGUAACGUCAGCUCCCCAGCCACCCCUGCUGCCUCCAGUAGCAGCAGCACAACCCCUACCCGAAAGAUCACAGAAAGUCCUCGUGCCUCCAUGGGAGUUCUCUCAGGCAAAAGAAAACUUAUCACUUCUGAAGAGGAACGGUCCCCUGCCAAGCGAGGUCGCAAGUCUGCCACCGUAAAACCUGGUGCAGUGGGGGCAGGAGAGUUUGUGAGCCCCUGUGAGAGUGGAGACAACACCGGUGAACCCUCUGCCCUGGAAGAGCAGAGAGGGCCUUUGCCUCUGAACAAGACCUUGUUUCUGGGCUAUGCAUUCCUCCUUACCAUGGCCACAACCAGUGACAAGUUGGCCAGCCGCUCCAAACUGCCAGAUGGUCCUACAGGAAGCAGUGAGGAAGAGGAGGAGCUCUGUCAUUUUAGCCUACUGCAGCCAUCCAAGUCAACUGGGUCUGAAUGCCCUGCCAUUUUCCCCAUUUGUGUUCUAUGGGCAUCUGCUAGAGCAAACCCACGUGGAGGAAUUUUUAGAAAUUCCUCCUUUCAACAAGCAGUAUACAGAAUCCCAGCUUCGAGCAGGGGCUGGCUAUAUCCUUGAAGAUUUCAAUGAAGCCCAGGUGAGGAGUUUCUUUGUGUAACCUAAUAUAGUGGCAAUGAGAAGAGCCAACUUGCUGUGUGAGAAGAGGCCUGAGAGGGGUUGGGGAACCUGGAUAAAGUAGCCAGAGAUUUUAGGAACUGAGAAACUGCCAAAAUGUCGUUGCAUGAAAUAUAAUUUUUGUUGUGUAUAGGGAAGAGAAGUUAGGACAUUGGGUUAGUUAAUGGCUCUGGUUCUGUUGCUGGGACAAAAGAAGAUUGAUAUUUAUGUUUAGUAGUAGAAACCCCUAUUAGGGUUGCUGAUUCUUAGCCUGAAAGGCUGAGUUCAUAGGUCUUGUUUGUCCCUUGAGGAUUUAGGUCCUCAGAGUGCUGCAGGUGAGGCCGAGAGAACAUCUAUGGAAAUCGUUUGGGCCUUUCAGUGAGAAGAGUGGCCUUGGACAGAAGGAUAGACUAAAUCACACGUUGGGUAGUAGUUGGGAGUCUUCAGAUCUGCUCUUCAUGGCUCACUAUGGCUGCUGCUUAGGAGCUUUCCACAGAAGUCACCAAACCCAUUAGCUCUGCUUCUUUUCUUCCAGUGUAACACAGCUUACCAGUGUCUUCUGAUUGCGGAUCAGCAUUGUCGAACCCGGAAGUACUUCCUGUGCCUUGCCAGUGGGAUUCCUUGUGUGUCUCAUGUCUGGGUCCAUGAUAGUUGCCAUGCCAACCAGCUCCAGAACUAUCGUAAUUAUCUGUUGCCGGCUGGGUACAGCCUUGAGGAGCAAAGAAUUCUGGACUGGUAAGUAUUUGAAAGCCCAUCCAGAAUUGUAUAGACAGGAAGACAGCAAGCUUUGGAGGGAAGAGAAUCUAGGUGAGAGAGUAAAGCUUUCUAGACAUUGGAAUGUCGGUAGGAUAAAUUUAAGUGGGUUUGAAAUGACUUCAGGAGUUUAGUUUAUUUCCAUAGGUUACAUUGGCUAGAAACCUUUUGAAAAUGUGUGAAGAUUUGUAUAUAGGGUCAAUAUUCUCAACCUGUAAAGUUAGAGAACUAAGUUUUAAGCAAACAUUAAAAAUAUAUAGGCUCAGGAGCGUGAUUUAGAUUAUUCUCAGCCCCAGAACAAACAUGGAAAUCAGAAAGCCAGGAUUGCAGGGAAUACAGGUCAUUCACUGCAAGAAGGAAGAGAAGGGGGACCCUAAUACAGGGCUUAGCUUUUUGAGACGAAGUCUUGCUCUGUCACCUAGGCUGGGGUACAGUGGCACAAUGAUGACUUACUGCAGGCUCAACCUCCCAGGCUGAAGCGAUCCUCCUACCUCAGCCUCCCAAGCUGCUGGGACUACAGGCACUCGCCACCAUACCCAGCUAAUCUGUUAUUUUUUGUAGAGAUGGGGUCUCGCCAUAUUGCCCAGGCUGCUGUCGAACUCCCGGGCCCAAGAGAUCCAACCACCACAGCUUCCCAAAGUGCUGGGAUUACAGGCUUGAAACACUAUGCCUGAUGGGGCACUUAGUUUUGAAAACAUUCAGAUGUACAUGAGUCCCUUUGCAGAAAGGCAGUUUGUUGGAUAUUACUUGUCAUGCUAAGGUCCUUUCCAUUACAUAGGGCUAUCUCUCUGCCUCCUUCCUAGGCAACCCCGUGAAAAUCCUUUCCAGAAUCUGAAGGUACUCUUGGUAUCAGACCAACAGCAGAACUUCCUGGAGCUCUGGUCUGAGAUCCUCAUGACUGGAGGGGCAGCCUCUGUGAAGCAGCACCAUUCAAGUGCCCAUAACAAAGGUACCUGAGUGUGUGUGUGUGUGUAUCUUUGUUCGAGAGAUCUCCUUAGACCUCUAGGUGUCAGGCCUUGUGGUCCAAGGCUCAGGCCUAAUAGGUUGACCGUAUCCAUGUUUCUUAGAGAAGAAAAGUACCACCUUCAAGGGGUGAGUCAACAUAAAUGAAGCACUGGGCAUAUAUUUGUUAAAUAUUUCUACAAGGUCAGCACAUAGUGAUUAUACCUCUACUUUUGGUCUUGAUCAGCAGUGUGCUUGACAUAAUAGGGCUUUGGUUUGUGCAGAGUGGGAUGUAUUGGUUAGAAUCAAAUCUCUCUUUGUAAUGGAGGGCUAAAUUGAGUGUACUUUCCUUCUUCACUUUCCCUUGCCCCUUGCAGAUAUUGCUUUAGGGGUAUUUGAUGUGGUGGUGACGGACCCCUCUUGCCCAGCCUCGGUGCUGAAGUGUGCUGAAGCAUUGCAGCUGCCUGUCGUGUCACAAGAAUGGGUGAUCCAGUGCCUCAUUGUUGGGGAGAGAACUGGAUUCAAGCAGCAUCCAAAAUAUAAACACGAUUAUGUUUCUCACUAAAGAUACUUGGUCUUACUGGUUUUAUUCCCUGCUAUCGUGGAGAUUGUGUUUUAACCAGGUUUUAAAUGUGUCUUGUGUGUAACUGGAUUCCUUGCAUGGAUCUUGUAUAUAGUUUUAUUUGCUGAACUUCUUUUAUGAUAAAAUAAAUGUUGAAUCUCUUUGGUUGUAGUAACUGGGAUUUCUUCAUCUGUUUCUUUGAGCUUAAUCUCAGAACAAAUGACAAGACAUAGUACUUUCUCGAGGUUUUCAAUAGGCUUAUUCACUUUAGGAGGACAGCUAGCCAAGGAAAUCGCAAAGUUAAGAGUGUACUUUAUUCUGUGGCAUCAUUCCCAAAAGGUUAUUCCAGGGUGUCUAAAAUGCUAUGCUUGCAAAAACUCAGUUUAAAGUAGGUGAAGGCCCAGAUUAACAGUUGUGCCAAAAGUUGAGCAGAAUUGGGCACAGCUCUGUUUCUUGACAGUUGAAGAAAGACCUCAUGCUCUCUCUCUCUCUAGAGCUGAGAUCACUAACAGCUGACCUGUGGGUAUUCCCCCACUUAAGAGCUAAAGGGAGAACGAAAGGACCAACUGCCAUGAAGGGACAGUGACCAUAAGCUUGAUGGAAUGACCUUCCGGAAGAUAAACAUGAGAAGCACAAGUGAGAACACUUGGAAAUGUUACAAGUUCUAGUCAAUAUUAUUAUUAUUGUCACAAUGGCUGGAAGCUGUUCCUUCCCUUCCUCUGGCAUCACUGAUCCCUGUUCAUGGCUUCUCAUUCUCUAAAGCAGGGAUCAACAAGUUUUUUUCUGUAAAGGGCCAAAGAGUAAAUAUUUCAGGCUUUGUGGGCCAUUUGAUCCAUCACAACUACUCACCUUUGCUGUGAGGGCAUGAAAGCAACCACAGACAGUGGGUAAACAAAUGGGCAUGGCUGUGUUCCAGUGAAACUGUAUUUACAAAAACAGGCAGCAGGCCAUAGUUUGCCAACUCCUGCUCUAGAGAUAGCAGUGGAAAGGGUGAUCUUUAGUUGAUAAUAGAAGGGAAUAAGGUUGUCAGAACUUCCCUGUGUGUGUAGAUGUGGUGAUGAAGACCAGAUUCAGUGACUAUAAACUGAUGCCAGAACACUGCAUUCUUUUUCAAUUUGGAGGGCGUUAUUCAAUGAAUAUUUAUUUUUACUCACACUGACAUGAAUAUUGAUUACCAGUGAUGGCUGGGCCAUAUUAAGAUAACUUCAACCCCUAUGGCUUAAGAUGGGUAAUUGGGCCUGCAGUCUUCACUAUUUAAAAAUCUAACAACUUGAUCUCAAUUUUUUCUUAAAGACCUUUUUCCUGGAGAAUACGUUUUUUUUUUUUUUUGUUUUUUUUUUGAGACGGAAUUUCGCUCUUGUUGCCCAGGUUGGAGUGCAACUGCACAAUCUCAGCUCACUGCAACCUCUACCUCCCAGGUUCAAGUGAUUCUCCUGUCUCAGCCUCCUGAGUAGCUGAGAUUAUAGGCACAUGCUGCCACACCUGGCUAAUUUUUGUAUUUUUAGUAGGGUCGGGGUUUCAGCAUAUUGGUCAGGCUGGUCUUGAACUCCUGACUUCAGGUGAUCCACCCACCUUGGCCUCCCAAAGUGCUGGGAUUACAGGCGUGAGCCACCGUGCCUGGCCUGAGAAAUACUUUAAAUAUAUUUUCAUUAGCUAGAAUUGCCCAAUCUGUGUAGGUAUAAACUACUUGGUAUAGGGAGAGAGAAAGCCUAUCCUACCUGUUGCUUUCUUACUUGAUGGUAACAUCCAGCAGUUAGCCUAUUUAUAAACAUAAUUACUUUUUCACAUAUGAACCAUAAAAUACUUAACUUUCUGCUCUAUAUUGUUUGUUUACUGCUGUAUCUCCCACAGCUUGAACAGUACCAAGGCAUGUACAGUAGGUGCUCAAUAAAUGACUAUUGAAUAAACAAACAUAUCCAACAAAUGUUCUCAAUGUAAAGGAUCAGAGAUGCCACAUGUUCUCCUUGAUGGGACAGGCCUUUCCACAUGGGAAUGAUGGGAAGGAUUUGUACUCCUGGAUGUUCAGUAACUGCUUCCAGGAGAAAAGGUAGAGUCCUAUCACUAGGCCACAGAUACUUAUUUGUGUUUGGCUAGAAUGGGAUGUUUGUUUUGAAUCUUCUGUUACAAACUUGGGAACAUGGCUGUUAUUUCAGUUUAUGAGCCAAAACUUUUCACAUCCCGAAACUACAAAAGAGAAAAAGAGCCUUAUUAAGUAUCAUGCUUUCCCAAGACUGCCUUCAAAGAAAUAUGAAUCAGGACAACCUGUGGUCUAAAUAAUGUCAUCUUAAAACAAGAGUUUCUUUUGACUCUUCUGCUAAAAUAGCUUAGAAAAAAAUCUACUUGCAGACAUUUUAGAGAGAGAAAGGACAGUAAAGUGAUUUUCUGAAUGGGAAUGACAGACCUCUGGGAAGCCAGCUACCACUGAAUCUCACUUGAAGUUUAGAGUUAGAAGGGGUGGUCCCCUCCUUUCACCGAUGUGGAAGCUAGGGACCAGCAAGGCGGGGUGCCCGCGGCUGCACAGCUAGUUCAUAUCAGAAUUGGGAAUGGAAGGCACACUGCCUCCCAGCAUAGCAAUACAUAACCUAGCAAAGGACUUAACACCUGUCUCACUGUCAGGUUUUUUAGUAUUUUAUGAUGAUGAUGACUUCUACUAGAAAAUAAUCUUCAUUAAAAUUAUUAAAGAUGGUCACACCUCUAUCUCUAAGCCUUGUUUAUAUAAAAUGAGGGUAUUUGGACUAUAUGAUGGCUAAAGUCUUCUUCCAGCGCUAGAAUUCUGCAACUCAUUAAAAAGUCACCCAAAAAAGUCUACUGAGUUACCCAAGGGUUGCUCCUACCUGCCCAGAGUUCCACCAGCCUGGGUAUAGUAUUUGUUAUAAUCUAGUCGUAGCAGUAGUUGAGCCAAAUCUGAGUUGAUCUGAUGAUUCCGAACACUGGAGAGAAUCUUGAAUAGGAGUGAAGACUGGCGGCUAAAGCCCUGCAGAGAGAAGGACUCAGCUGUCAUUCCACUUCAGCUCACCAACUCUCCAUAUGGAGGAUGGGGGCGGAGGGAGGAGUUUCUUGGAAAAGCCUUGCUCAAAAUUCUACAGAACCACCUGGCCUUCCCACAUUCCUAUUUCUCUUAGUUCUUAAAAUGACUUGUACCAAAUCCAUACAUGCAUGACUUCCUAUGAAAGUACUCUUUCAUCAGUAGGAAUUUAGUAGCUGGUUUCCAGUUAAUGUAUUUUGUCAAGUACUGGGGUUGGGGAGAACCCGUUUUGAUUACAAGCAGAUAAUUAUCUCAGUGAGAUAGGGGUUAGUUCAAGGAAGUAAGGAGGGGUAGGAUGUGAGGAAGUUAGAACAAAGCCAAUGCUUAUUUGAUGGGCCGAAUAAACUAUUCAGGACUAAACUAUUUGUGAGCACUGUGAGGUGGCACAGUAAUUACCUGCUUCAAAAUCAACUGAUACCAACAUUUUUAUCUUUAUAUCUUACUUCUGUACGUGUGUGUAUUGAGGAAAUGCUUUACUGACUCAGAGGAAAGAUCGUGAAUUCUCCAUUGACAAAACCACCUCUGUCCUUUCGCAAGGCUGCAUACUUCCAGGCAGACGCACCUUCACGAGAAUGCUCAGCUGGGCGGCUCCACGCUCAUCCAGUGGGCCUAGGUUCUGACUGACCAGCGAACAAAAACUGUGACAGAGAUCUAGGAUUUCAUUCAGGCAGUGAAACACCUACCCAGGAAACAGAGUUGGCAUUAGGAAAAGAAGGAAGGUACGUCCAUGAAAUUAAAGAUUUGGGAGAACAGUCUAAUUAAUAGCUGACCUCCCAAAUCUAAGAGGAUAGACACUGUCACUUGCAAGGCCUGCCAGCCCCUCAGACAUACAAUAUGUGUAAAACAAACGCAUCCUUUCCUGCGUAAGCGAGUAUUACUCUCUUAGCCUUGCACCAAACCUCCACUCUAGCCACACUUAACUCUUCAUUUCUUAGACCCGCAAAGUGUGUCCCUGCCUCUGAGCUGUGAGUGUUGUUCCCUUUGCCUGGGAUGCUCUUCUUUCUAAUACCAGUUCAAGUCCCACUCUCUCAGUGAAGCACUCCCUUCCCCACUGUAGCCUUUAGUGAACCCCGUUUCUUGCUGCUUUAUUAUCUGUACUGUUGUCCACUUGGCAAUUGUUCAGGCCUCUGUGUUGUUAAUGAUUUCUGUAUGUAUAUAUAUAUGUCUUGUUUUUCCAACUAGAUUGUGAGCUCCUUAAGGGCAGAGCCAUGAAUUAUACCUCUUUGUAUCCCCAGUGCCUUGCAUACAGUAAGCACUCAAUAAAUAUUUAAUGAUGA